AUGGCAAGUGCUAUCGUUCCUGAAAUCCUGGGAAAAGAUAACUACGAUGAUUGGAGUGUCUGCAUGAAAAACUACCUACUGGCUCAAGAUCUCUGGGAUAUUAUUAAAGGGCCAAAUAGUACUGAACCUCCUGAUCAAGCUGUUUCUGUAGCCGAAUUUAAUGCUUGGAUGAAAAAAAAUGCUACAGCUUUACAUGCCAUUCAAAUUUCAUGUAGGCCUGAUAUAUAUUCUGAGAUUAGGAAAGCCGGGUCAGCCGAAACUGCCAAAACUGCUUGGGAUACUUUGCUAAAAAAUUCAUUCAGAAACCCAUUCGUAUUCGAAACAGAAGGAUUGGUUGACUCUGAAUACACUGGGGCUCCUGAACUAGUCGAGUACAUUACUGGAGGUGAUUGGCAUUCCGUAGAAAGCUUUCUUGGCGACCAUCCAGAUGUAAUAAAUGAAAAGAUUACAUCAACUGGCGACACAGCCCUUCACGUAGCAACUCUUGCUGGAAAAGUGGAGAUUGUGAGAAAGUUGGUGGAGUCAAUGUCUCGAGAAGCCUUGGCGAUACAGGAUGUUGAUGGUCGAACACCCCUCCAUCAUGCGGCUACUAAAGGAAUCACAACAAUGGCUAGAUACAUGGUUGAAAAGAAUGAAAACUUGGUCGCCAUUACAGAUAAUUGGCGACUUAUCCCAGUUAUAUUGGCUUGUGGAAGUGCUAGAAGGGAUAUGACCGUCUAUCUUCUCUCAAAAACUCCUUCCCAUCUACUAUCUGAAGAAAAUGGGUCUGCACUCCUCCAAUGUGCUAUAGCUUCCAAAAUGUUCGGUAAGAGUGUCGCGCUCCCUCAUUAG